AUGUACGAAAUACUAUCACAAUCGAAGCAACGGUCACUCCUCACCGACCUCCCAGACGAAGUUCUGCAGCAGAUUACCUACUACUGUUCUGCGAACGAUGUGCUCUUGAACAUUCAACGACUUUCGAAACGAUUUGGCAGGUUGGCCAGCGAGCCAUUGCUUUGGCGACAUCAUUGUAAAGUAGAGUUCAAGUACUGGGAUUCACAACACGCGAUUAAAGCGAAGUUUUUGGGCAAUGCUGUGGAUGUUGAUUGGAAGGCGCUCUACACAUAUCGAAGGGAAAUAGACGCACAAACCACUCGACUACUCAAUGGCAUUCUCGAGGCACAGGUCGAUCGAAUAUCCAAAUUUAGAUCCAUCUCGAGUUUUGGUUAUGAUGCAAAAGACACUUUGGUGCGGCAUUGCCAUGCGCACGAGGACACUCAAGAUGUUCUUGCAAGAAGAUACUAUGCCAGCGCUGUUCUAGAUCACGUCCACCGUUCGAAAGCAUUAGAUUUAUGGAGGAGGGUUCUGCACGGAGAAGAUGUCCCCAUCGAGAAAGCUCUAGGCGCCUUUGAUCUAUUCGUCCUGCAUGACCACUAUGGCGACCUUACAGAGAUCUCGGAUUUAUUUGACAACCUCCUUAAACACCUCCGUCAAGAGCACCCCGGUAUUGACGAUUUACCACCCCGGCAAAAAGCUCUCACAGCGUUGAGGUUCUUACGCAAAAACAACUUCGUGGGUCUCUCCUCGGAGCUCGCAUAUAGAGAUUUACAGAACAACUUUAUUGGAAUUGCAUUACAAGACCAAGACCAUCCAUCAUUACCGCUUAUCUCAGUUGCGAUAUUUUGCGCUGUGGCCCAGAGACUAGGGCUCGAUGCAAAGUGCUGUGGAAUACCGAAUCAUGUCCAUGCCAUGAUAAUCCCUGCCCACGGAGAGUCGCUCGAUGACAGACCAUUGAGGGAAGGAGAAGCUCAAGCAGAACCGAUGUACCUGGAUCCUUACGGCUUUGAUGACGAAAUUCCGCCACAAGCGCUUCGCAUUAUUCUGACUCAAUAUGGUCUCCGGCCACAUCAGUUUACUGAGUUCAUGACAGAUACUGACAAUGCUAACAUAAUACUUCGCACUUCGAGGAACAUCCUGGCCACCGUUCAGGAGUUUAGAGCUCAAGGAACUGGUGCCACGAACACAGGUCACCCGACUAUACGACUUCAUGCGAAUCCAUUCGCAGAUCUGGAUAAUGCUUUCUAUUCCGCUUUAUGGGCCAAUUACAUGUUCGGGAAUCCUGCUCGACCAUCGGAAAUGACCACUCAACGGCAAUUUAUACCCUUCAUUUUGGAGCGUUUUGAACGCCUGUAUCCUAUGGAUGCGUCACUGAUAGAGGAGUACAUAGUGCCUCAGUAUGGUAUUACAGACCACACCUCGGAGAAUUGGGAACUUCGAGAAGCACUUCGCGUUGUUCGAGUUGCAGAUCAGACUCCAAAGCAGCGUCGACUUCGAGAUACCCAGGCAGCUCGUGAAGGCGUCAAGUACAAGGUUGGCCAAGUAUUUCGUCACAGACGUUACGCUUAUAUGGGAGUAAUUACUGGUUGGGACAUGGAAUGUGGGAUGACUUCUGCUUGGAUUGCUCAUAAUAAUGUCGACUCACUAUCUCGCGGUAGGCAACAGAGCUUCUACCAUGCACUAGUUGAAGACACAAGUAUUCGCUAUGUGGCUGAGGAGAACAUCGAAGUCAUUGAGCCUGAUGUGCCGGUAUCGUUGAUGAGCUUGGCAGGGAAGUUCUUUAAGCGCUGGGAUAAGGAGAACCGAGUUUUUGUGUCAAAUAUUCAAGAUGAAUACCCUGAGGACUAA